AUGACGUUGUCAUGACGUGUGGGGCGAGUCAAGCCAUUGACAUGGCUAUCGCUGUUCUCGCUAACACGAAUGGAGAGGAUACAAUACUCUUGCCUCAGCCCUCCUUCCCACUAUACAAUACCUUGUGCUCUUCGAGAGGUAUAAACGUCGACUUUUAUAAGUUACGGAGCGAUAGAAAAUUUGAG